UGGUUUAGAGGAGUUGGGUGGUGAAAGAAAGAAUCAUGUGGGUGCAUGUGCAUUGAGUUGGAGAACAUGCCGCAAGACACAAGCAACAUCUUGGGUACACUUGGCUCCCCUAUUACUAUUCAUUUUAUCCCAUUUUCUUGGCGGCCUUCUAUGAAAUUGUGCUGCUGUCCCCACUUCUUUGCUGCCUUAAACAAUUUCUGUGUUAUCCUCAACGCCACUUGCCACCAACCAAUGUCCCAAAUCCACCAUAUAAAAGCAUACUCAUUGUCCAAAGUUUGCAAGCUAGGUGUUUGCUUAAAAGCCUCUGAAGAGCAAGUUUUGAAAUAUGGGAGCUUCGCCUGUACAAUCCCUCCUUGCUUCGCUUGACAUGAAGGGUCUGCUCCAAGGAAAUGAUCAGCAAAGUUGCAGUGCAAAUGGGUCGCCGUUAGGGAAGAAGCAAAGGAGAUCAGGAGGGCAUGUUGUUAAGAUCAGCAAGAGGAGGCCUACGAGGGUUUUGAUGAAGAGGAUGGCGCGUGUAGGCUCAAGAAAGCAUGCAAAUGCUGCGGUUGGGAGAAGGGUUAGAACCCUGAAGAGGCUUAUUCCCAACGGCGAGUCCAUGGGCAGCUUGGAUGGACUCUUCAGAGAGGCUGCUGAUUACAUAUUCUCUUUACAAAUGAGAGUGAGAGUCAUGCAGAUUAUGGUUAAUGCAUUGACAAAUUCUGAUGAGUGAAUCAAUUUAUUUGUAAAGGCUGUACUACUGUGUACUCAUUCUUUAAUUUUCUUCUUUAAAUGCUUUUGUCUUUUGAUCAUGUGGUUCAUAGACAUAGAAGCUUGAGUGUUCAUUCAUCAUGUUGUCUAGAUUU